UUAAAUUAAAAUAAAGCUUUCGAACAUAAAUAAAUAAAUAAAAAUAAUGCAAAUUACAAGUGAAUUUUAAGAACGAAAAUUAUAACAAUAAGAAUCAACCUUCUAUAAAGCUUGGAACAUAACAUGAACUCCUCAAACCACCAUGGAAGGAGGAGUUUUCUCUGCUCACAAGCCUACUUAUCUUCUUCUUCUCCUUCAUAUUUUCCUGCUUGCUUUGCUUCCAUUCAAGGCCAUUUCAUCACCAAAAACACAGGCAGAAGCUUUGCUAACUUGGAAGAAGAACACCUUUGAUUCUGCACCGCCUUCUCUCACUUCAUGGUCCCUCGCUAACCUCAACAAUCUUUGCAACUGGUAUGCCAUUGUUUGUGACCAGAGCAGCAAACAAGUUUCCCAAAUUGACCUCUCCACCUUCAACAUCGCUGCAACACUAACCCAUUUCAACUUCACCCCAUUUCUCAAGCUCACCCAAUUCAACAUUCGUGGCAACUAUUUCACAGGGCCAAUUCCAUCUGAGCUUGGUUUUUGUACCAACCUCACCUACUUGGACCUGUCUUCCAAUUCCCUUGAAGGGCCAAUUCCAUCCUCCAUAGGCCAACUCAGAGAGCUUCAGCACCUUGAUCUUAGUAACAAUUUCUUAAAUUCUUCAAUCCCUUCUGAGCUUGGUCUUUGUACCAACCUCACCUACUUGGCCCUGGUUUCCAAUCACCUUGAAGGGAAAAUUCCAUCCUCUAUAGGCCAACUCAGGGAGCUUCAGAACCUUUAUCUUCAAAUGAAUUUCUUAAACUCUUCAAUCCCAUCUGAGCUUGGUUUUUGUACCCACCUCACCUACUUGCACCUGUCUUCCAAUUCCCUUGAAGGGCCAAUUCCAUCCUCCAUAGGCCAACUCAGAGAGCUUCAGUACCUUAAUCUUAGUAACAAUUUCUUAAAUUCUUCAAUCCCUUCUGAACUUGGUCUUUGUACCAACCUCACCUACUUGGCCCUGGCUUCCAAUCACCUUGAAGGGAAAAUUCCAUCCUCAAUAGGCCAACUGAGGGAGCUUCGGCACCUUGAUCUUCAAAUGAAUUCCUUAGACUCUUCAAUCCCAUCGGAGCUUGGUUUUUGUACCAACCUCACCUACUUGGACCUGUCUUCCAAUCACCUUGAAGGGAAAAUUCCAUCCUCUAUAGGCCAACUCAGGGAGCUUCAGAACCUUUAUCUUCAAAUGAAUUCCUUAAACUCUUCAAUCCCUUCUGAGCUUGGUUUUUGUUUCAGCCUCACCUACUUGGAUCUUUCGAGAAAUCAGCUCUCUGGGUCAAUUCCUCUAACACUAAGCAACCUUUCACGUAUUCAGGGCUUAAAUCUUUCCAACAACAAUCUCAAUGGCUCAUUCCCGACAGAGAUUGCCUUCCCACGCCUGGGGAAAUUUUAUUUGUCUCAUAACAAUUUCACAUACAAUACUUUUGUUGGAAACUCUGACUUAUCCAAAAAAAAUAACAAGAAAGUUAUAAUUGGUGGCCUUGUAUUUGUUUGUGGUUUAUUCGUGGUUACAACUACAAUUGCUCUGAUUCUUGUGUUCCAUAAGAAAACCAAGUGUGCUCUUAAGAAAAUCAAUAGUGCUCAAAACUUUGAGAAUUUUGAGUCAAUGAUAUUGCAAGAAGAAGUAAAAUUUACGUUUGGGGAAGUUGUAAAGGCCAUAGACGAUUUUCAUGAGAAGUACUGUAUUGGAAAAGGAGGAUUUGGAAGAGUAUACAAGGCAGAGUUGCUAUCAGGUCAAGUUGUGGCAGUUAAGAGGCUUAACAUGUCAGACUCUAACGACAUUCCAGCAAUUAAUCUCCAAAGUUUUGAGAAUGAAAUCCGAACUCUGACAAAUGUCCGGCAUAGGAACAUCAUUCGGCUAUAUGGGUUCUGUUCAAGAAGGGGAUGCAUCUUCUUGCUCUAUGAAUAUUUAGAGAGAGGCAGCCUGGGAAAGGCAUUGUAUGGGGUUGAAGGGGUAACUCAACUUGGCUGGGCUACAAGGGUUAAAAUUGUGCACGGACUAGCUCAUGCACUUUCUUACUUGCACCAUGACUGCUCUCCACCAAUUGUGCACCGUGAUGUAACUGUCAACAAUGUAUUGCUCGAGUCAGAUUUCGAAGCCCGUCUUUCUGAUUUUGGAACAGCAAGACUGAUUAGUGCCAAUUCAUCCAACUGGACCCAUAUUGUUGGCUCAUUUGGCUACAUGGCACCAGAGCUUGCAUUGACAAUGCGAGUCACGGAUAAGUGUGAUGUGUAUAGCUUUGGAGUGGUGGCGCUGGAAGUUAUGAUGGGAAGGCACCCAGGGGAUCUGCUAGAAUCCGAGCUAUCAAAAUCAUCAAAAUCAAUGACGGAGGACAAUGCAGAGUUGCUUUUGAAGGAUUUGUUAGACCAAAGGCUGGAGGUUCCAAGCAAUGAAUUGGCAAAGGCAGUGGUGCUUGUGAUGAGUUUAGCCUUGGGUUGUAUACGUAUGCGUCCAGGGUCUCGACCUACAAUGCUUUAUGUAGCACAAAAACUAUCAGCUCAGAGUCUGCCUUCCCUUCCUUUACCAUUUGGCAUGCUAACCAUCAACAAGUUGAUGGGGAUAUAAAACUAGAAGGGAAAAAAAUAAAACUGGUUGGAAAGUUUUCUGUGUGUAAGAGAAAUUCUUAUACCUUGUAUGUUAACAUUAACAUCUGCAACGUCCAUUCUAUAAAAAAAUUAAAAAAAUCUGCUCCAUCGUACUUCUUGGAUUAUGUGUGACUCAUUUACUAGCAGUCCUUUUUUCUUUUUUUUUGGGGUCAAUUUAUUACUACCAAUCCUACACGUGCGUUAUGGAGAUGCGGAAGCAUUUAUUGCUGGGGAAAUGAGUGGGAAAAAAGGGAAAAGUGGGAAGUAGUGAGAGAAAAAUAUGGGUGAGUUAUGUUAUACUUUAAAUUUUUUUAAAUGUUUUUAAUUAUGAAUAAUAGUAAAAUGUG